AUGAAAGACUCCUCCCUCACCAAUCGCCCGUCCUUGUUGGACUUGCGAUCCCACUCCGCCAACUCUGCUGCGUCUUCUUCCCGGCCUCUUCGAUCACCACGGCUUCAUGUUGCUGGAGAAGCACCUCCCGAACUUUCUCCCUUGGAUGCCUUUGCCCUGCAAAGCCGACUGCUAGCUCGACAACUCCAAGAAACAACCAACAAGGAUGGAAAUCGCGUCAGCCGACUACCACCUCUCACGGCGGAGAGCCCUCUCAUCAUCCAAGGUCGAUCAGAGUACUUUCGAUCCAUGUCCCAGGACUCGGGAUCCGAACGUGAUGAAUCUCCCGCCCCUCCAUUGACUCCUGGCUUUGGCGGUUUGGGGCUACGCACCGAGAUGGAGGACGCCUUCUCAGACGAGGUCCAACGCCCGAGGUCCAUGCACCCACGGAUGAGUCGAAUCCCGCCCACCCCCGAUGAAGGUGUGCCUCCUCUGCCGGAAGACAUGCCAGACGUACCAGACAUACCGGAGUAUGCUCGGGGUCGGCAGCUGGGACAUCAAAACGACAAUACCAACUUCUUCGGGGCCCGCCAGGACCGUUCUCCAUCACCACUUCAGAGCGAUACCCUCUCUCAACUAGACCGCCAAUCAACAAAAUCCCCCACUCCCUCUCAUCCUCAACUAAACUCCUUUCCUUCCCUGCCAAACUCGGCCCCUCGAAGAACCAAACAGAGCUCUUAUGACGAGGUUGGAUUGGCGCCACCUAGAAGCCUCCUCCCUGGACGAUCGCCGAGCGCCUUGUCCUCCCCUGUGCCCCCAGAUGAGGAAACGUUUGGCAACAUGUCUAGCUCCGUUCAGUCUCUUCCUUCUAGAAAACUCUCUUCUGGCAGCGCGGCCCUGCCACCUCACAUGGCAUCCUCAGUCCUUCCCCCCUUCCAACGAUCCCCAUCCGUUGCCUCUGAAUCCUCCGCUCUUCCUCGACCCGCCUUCAACUUUUCUCGGCCCAUGAGUAGGGCUGGAACGCCAAACCUGGACCAUCCCAUUCGACAGGCUUCAUCAGACAGUCAGCCGUCUUUUAUACUGGCCGAUGAGUCGGCUCAUACCCCCAUAAGCAUGCAUAGCGAAGCUUUCGCAGAACAGCCAUCAGACGACAAGACCGGCGGGUCAUAUGUGUAUUCCAAAUUUGUUCUGCCUCGAGGAAAGUCAAUCCAGCGUUCAGAAUCGUCGGACCUCCCACCUCAAGCGGGUGCACCACCCUCGCCCCCUACUCGACCUUCUAGCUCAUCAGCUCGCGCUAUCCCAGACGAUGCCGCCAGUAUUUCUAGCGCCAUGUCGAGGCAGCGAAGUGAUGUGGGCAAAGUCAGCAUGGAGAGCUCUCAGUUUGCACCUUAUGGACGCGCCUCACCGAACCCAAGUAGACCUUCGACUGAAUCCAGGCGGCAUGCUGAAGACAGCUCCAGAGGUAGAUCACGAACACUGCAUGCUGGAGAGGCUCCCCGGGGCAGAACACCAGCCUCAGUCGGUACAAGCGACUCGGCUCAGACAAUACGCCCUACCAUGUCUGUCCGAUCUACUACGAGCGCAACUACACCUACUGCUGCCGAGAUGACAGCCGAAGAACAUCUUGCCAAGGGAAUAGAAUGUCACGAGAACGGCUCGCUGAACGAGUCGACCUAUCACCUCCGUCACGCCGCCCGACUAAACCACCCAACAGCUAUGCUUCUGUAUGCUCUUGCCUGUCGUCAUGGCUGGGGUAUGAAGCCCAAUCAGAAAGAAGGAGUGCAGUGGUUACGAAAGGCAGCCGAUAUGGCAAGCGGUGAAGUUGCAGAGGACGAAGGGAUGGCCAAGGAAGGGAAGCGCAUCAAUAUUGCUGAAAACAAGACCCACAAGGCCCAGUUUGCUCUGAGCAUUUAUGAACUGGGUGUAAGCCAUAUGAAUGGAUGGGGCAUCGAACAGGACAAAGCUCUUGCGCUGCGUUGCUUUGAAAUCGCCGGCACAUGGGGCGAUGUUGAUGCUCUAGCGGAGGCUGGUUUCUGCUACGCGCAGGGAAUUGGCUGCAAGAAGAACCUGAAAAAGAGUGCCAAGUUCUACCGCAUGGCUGAAGCCAAAGGCAUGAGCAUGGUGGGCAACAGUUGGAUUCACAAGGCAAAAUACAUGGAUGACGAGGAUGCUCCUCCUAAACCCUCGGCAGAGGACAAGAAGUCUCGAGCCCGCAGCAAAUCCCGCUCCCGCGCAAUGUUUGGCAAGAAGUGA